CACGCGGAAGGAAACCCGCCAUUGAAGCAAUCUCGCAACGUGAGCGUUUCGUUUUUCUGCGCCUUUGAAAAGGUGCAAUUUUUUCAUUUUAUACCAACCCCUGGUAUUGAUUAUCUGGAGAAAUGGCGUACAGAGGACAAGGACAGAAGGUCCAGAAGGUUAUGGUUCAGCCCAUUAACCUAAUUUUCAGGUAUCUACAAAAUCGCUCUCGUAUCCAGGUCUGGCUGUAUGAACAGGUGAACAUGAGGAUAGAGGGCUGCAUUAUUGGUUUUGAUGAGUACAUGAACCUGGUUCUUGAUGAUGCUGAGGAAGUCCACAUGAAGACUAAGAACAGAAAGCCUCUGGGGAGGAUCAUGUUGAAAGGAGACAACAUUACCUUGCUGCAGAGUGUGUCUAACUAGGACAACGGAGACCAACAAAUCUUCAUGUUUUCCCUUGUGUUUUGUUUUUACAAAUGUGUUUGAAUUUGUUCAUGUUUAUUUUACAUGAAUAUUGUUGUUUAUUCGUUGUACCACAUGGUUCCAUUUGGGAAUAAAGUCUUUGUUUUUUUCUUA